CUAUGUCAGCGUCACACCGUAUAAUAUAAAUAUCAAUAUAAUAUCCAUUAUUGUAAGCAUUAUAUCACAUUUCAAGUAGCAAGAUCAAGCUUUCCUAAAAGGAUAUUACAGCACAGCAAUUGUAAAACAGUGGGAGAAUUAUUUUUGACAAAACACACAAGUCGGCUACUGUUGACAUUAGUACACGAUUAUGCCACAUAAUUACAUGGAUAUACCUUGUUCAGUAGACUGUAAAAUGAACAUCGUUAACCUAGCUAUGAGGUAGGCUACCAACAAGCUCUUUUCCAAUGAACACCAGGAAAAUACAAGAUAAACAGGACUUCCUCAACUGCUUGGAGGGGUGUGACCAUAGCGUUCAGUAGGUGUGACCCGAUGUCGCCUCAAUACAAUUGAAUCUCGCGACAGUUUCCCGACUGCGUCACUUCUUGUGAGAUUUCAUAAAAUUUCAUUGUGUUGUUGUUUGCGCCGUGGCUAACGUCAUGUCGGGUGGUCCUGCAGUCCGGGUGAGCAUCGAAUCCUCCUGUGAAAAGCAGGUGCAGGAGGUAUCCUUGGAUGGGCAGGAGACGUACGUUCCGCCUCUCUCCAUGUCCCAGAACCUAGCCAAACUUGCUCAGCGCAUCGACUUUGGUCAGGGGUCGGACUCGGAGGGAGAGGGUGCAGAUGGAGAGCCCAGAGAACAAGAAUGGGGAAAACAGGAACCUGAAGAGGAGGAAGGCACAGUAAAGUUCCAGCCAUCACUGUGGCCCUGGGACUCUGUGCGUAACUACCUGAGGAGUGCACUGACAGAGAUGUGUGUGCUUUAUGAUGUUCUCAAUGUCGUCAAAGAGAAGAAGUACAUGGCCUUGGACCCUGUUUCACAGGACCCCACUGCUGGCAAGACCCCUCAGGUGUUUCAGCUCAUCAGUAAAAGGAAAUCUCUGGCAACAGCGGCACAGCUCCUCCUCAAGGGCGCUGAGAAGCUGAGCAAGUCAGUGGCUGAGAACCAGGAGAACCGGCGACAGAGGGACUUCAACUCUGAGCUUCUGCGUCUCCGGUCCCAGUGGAAGCUAAGGAAAGUGGGGGACAAGAUUUUGGGGGACCUCAGCUACAGGAGUGCGGGCUCCCUGUUUCCACAUCACGGCACUUUUGAAGUGAUUAAAAACACAGACAUCGACCUAGACAAGAAGAUCCCUGAAGAUUACUGCCCUCUGAACGUUCAGAUUCCUAGUGACCUGGAAGGAUCUGCAUACAUCAAGGUUUCAAUACAGAAACAAGCUCCUGAUAUUGGUGACCUUGGUACUGUGAACCUCUUCAGAAGACAGCCCAAGGCUAAAGCGGGAACUCAAGCCUGGCAUGUGAAGCUAGAAGCUGCCCAGAACGUCCUUCUCUGCAAGGAGAUAUUUGCUCAGUUGUCCAGGGAAGCAGUCCAGAUCAAAUCCCAGAUCCCACACAUAGUGGUGAAGAACCAGAUAAUCUCCCAGCCAUUUCCAGGCCUACAGCUGUCUAUAUCUUUGUGUCACUCCACCACUGGAGAGAAGAAGAAUCAGAAAGCUUCUCCAGAAAAACCCAAACCAGACGAUCACCUGUAUGUGCUGGAACACAAUCUGCACCAGCUCAUGAGAGAGUUUCAUAAACAGACGCUGAGCUCCGUGGUGAUGCCGCACCCUGCCAGCGCCCCUUUCGGCCACAAGCGGAUGCGGCUGGCCGGACCCAUGGCUUACGACAAAGCCGAAAUCGCCACCCUGCAGCAGAGCGAGGGGCUGCUGGAAAAGAUUAUCAAGCAGGCCAAGCACAUCUUCCUCAGAAGCAGGACUGCACGGACGAUCGACAGUCUGGCCAGUCGCAUAGAGGACCCUCAGAUCCAGGCUCACUGGUCCAACAUCAACGACGUGUACGAGUCCAGUGUCAAAGUGCUGAUCACCUCUCAGGGCUAUGAACAGAUCUGCAAAUCUAUCCAGUUGCAGCUGAACAUUGGUGUUGAGCAGAUUCGGGUGGUGCACCGGGAUGGGCGUGUCAUCACCUUGUCCCACCAGGAACAGGAGCUCCAGGACUUCCUCCUCUCACAGAUGUCUCAGCACCAGGUCCAUGCAGUGCAGCAGCUGGCCAAGGUGAUGGGCUGGCAUGUUCUGAGCUUCAGUAACCAUGUUGGCCUGGGUUCUGUCGAGAGCAUCGGGAACGCCUCUGCCAUCACUGUGGCAUCUCCCAAUGGAGAGUACGCCAUCUCAGUGCGGAAUGGGCCUGAGAGUGGUUGCAAGGUUCUGGUCCAGUUUCCUCGAAACCUGUGCAAGGAGUUGCCCAAGAGUGACGUGAUCCAGGACAACAAGUGGAACCAUCUGCGCGGACCUUACAAAGAGGUGCACUGGAGCAAGAUGGAGGGCCGCAAUUUUGUGUAUAAGAUGGAGCUGCUCAUGGCAGCCCUCACCCCCUGCCCUUAAGCCUGCUCUGGGAGGUGGACUGAGGAUUGAGGGGCGCUGCAUCAGAGAAACUCACAGCAGGAAUCCUGUUUCUGACACUUUCUUUGCACUUGAACAAAUUCUGUUCAGUGUAAAGUGUAUUGCAUGUUAUGAGCAUUUCUUGUUAAGGAUAUCGCUGCCAACUGAAUUUUAAUUUGAGUGUGUGAAUAUGAGCAGAUUCACUGACAUGAGUCCGCCCUUAUGCUGGGUCUUGUCUGUUGAAGUUAUAUAAGGUUCUUAUAUUUUCACACAAAAUAUUCAAAUACUGCUCCAUGUAAAGCUGCAAAACAUACUUUCUGUUAAGAAAAAAAAUGUUACUUGGGAAUAUCACGUAUCAGCUUUAAGCAAAAGAAUAUAUUUAGGCAAUGAAAAUAAAUGUCUUAAAUUCA